AUGCAUAGUGCCCCCAAUUCGAUUGCGAUUGUGGAUUACCAUUUGAACGCCGCCUUGAGACUUGUUCCUGGAAAAGUUACGUCGAAUUGUAACUUUGUCAGUUUCACAGCAGUGUUGGAUUCAUUGGACGAGGAGCACGCAGAGAUAUUACGUCGAUCCUGCCUAUGGCCCCUAUAUUUGCUGCGCUCUGUACAGUUUUAUGGACAGUGGAUCGAUUCAUUACUAUGUCGACUGCUUAAGCCAGUUGACGGAGAUGCCCUCCACUUUGAUCUUGGGGGGCAAGGUUGCUACAUUUCCAUUUUCGAGUUUGCCCUCAUCACUGGAUUGAGAUGUACAGGCGAAGAGGCAGCAAGGGCUAUUAUUCCGACAGACAAGAGGCUGCUAAAUGAUUAUUUUAAUGGGCACACGACAAUGACACUGGCGCAAUUAGGAGAUGCAUUCAGGGGAUGCGACCAGAUAUCCGACAAGUUGAAGUUGGGGAUGGUGUUUAUACUCGAGAGCGUACUGAGGUGUCAUCACAGGAAGACGUUGAUUGAUGUUUUUCAUUCGCAAGUUGUUGAUAACAUCGAUGUGUUCAACAGCUAUCCAUGGGGGCAGAGAUGCUUUAUCGAUACUUUACGCAUCUGUAGGAGGGGGCAUUCGAUGCUUAGGGGAGAUAGGCCAGAGCGUAAAUAUAAUGUAUAUGGCAUGUCGUUAGCUUUGCAGAUAUGGGUCUACGAGACUGUCACCAUCCUGACUGGUCCGUAUGUGAAGAGAGGGGAUACAUACAUCCCUCGGAUGCACCGCUGGUGA